GUGACUUUGGAAUGGCAAGAGACUUGAUGGAUAAUACUUACUAUAAGUCAAAUGGUGGCAUGAUCCCUGUGAAAUGGACAGCUCCAGAAGCCCUAUUUUACAAGAAAUACUCUACAGCCAGUGAUGUAUGGAGCUAUGCCAUGGUUCUCUAUGAGAUUUGGUCUGUGGGGCACAAGCCGUUCCACGAUCUCAGCAAUAUCGAUGUCAUAGCUCGAGGUCGGAACAAGCAAUGCCUGGCUGCUCCAUCUGGGUGCCCUCGACCAGUGUAUUCACUUAUGGUCGACUGUUGGAAUCCUGAACCUCAUCUUCGUCCUACGUUCAGUGAAGCAUACCGUGUGCUACAUGACCCUGAGGACCAGCUUCUGCACUGGAGUCAGGACGAUAUCAGUGCAAAAAGGCAUCUCCUGCGAGCCAGUCACAUUGCUCCAGCUUUUACUGAUUUACAAAAUAAGUAUAUGGGC